ACUUAGUUGUAAAACCAGUUUCUUAUUGGCGCGCAGAAACCAAUAAUCCAUGAAGCCUCCAAUGGUGAACACCGUUACUCAUACGCUACCGAGUUGACUCACCCAGCUAUGGCGUCGACCACGAAACAGUUAUCUUUCAUGCCUCCUCAAAAGUCACACGAAAAUGGUCACAAUUGGGAAACUGUACGAGCAAAUGGAGUGACAGCACAGGAAAUGAAAGAGGAGGCGGUUCGGAAAUCUCGGAAGCAGCCGCACGAGAGCUACGAACAGACGCCGCUAAUCGUCGCUGUGAUCACGUAUUUCGGCUACGCCGUGCUCGUCAUCUUUGGCCACCUUCGCGACUUCAUGAAGAAGCACGGACUAGAGGAGAUACACUCCGCUAAGGAGUAUCUCAAGGGUCAUACUCCACUCUACUCUAGCUUUGAGAGCUUUUACACGAGGAAUUUGUACGUGAGAAUCCGCGACUGCUGGAACAGGCCCAUAUGCAGCGUGCCGGGAGCUGAGGUGGUGUGCCUGGAGCGCAAGAGUGAUGACUACAACUGGCAUCUUGAAUCAAACGCGUUUCAGACAGCAGAAGCAUUGGAAGUGACGCGUAAUGUGCCGAGGUUUCACUUUCUGACAACAUGGCCCCCGGUUUCUGGUACUAUGUUGAUAGGCACAAUGGCGAUACACGUAGAGCUAGAGCAGCUGAUCUCUCGUUUUCUCGGCACGGAAGACGCCAUCUGCUUUGGAAUGGGUUUUGCCACCAACGCUAUGAAUAUGCCUUGUUUAGUUAGUAAGGGAUGCUUGAUAAUAAGUGAUUCGUUAAACCACGCUUCCCUUGUUCUUGGAUCUAGAUUGUCAGGAGCAACGAUUAAGGUUUUCAAGCACAAUGAUAUGAAAGAUCUUGAGUCGAUCCUAUUGGAUGCGGUUGUCUACGGACAGCAUAGAACUCACAGACCCUACAAAAAGAUUCUCAUUGUUGUAGAAGGAAUCUACAGCAUGGAGGGCGCCGUCGUGCGUCUGCCAGACAUCGUACAGCUGAAGAAGAAGUACAAGGCGUACCUGUACGUCGACGAGGCGCAUAGCAUCGGCGCGAUGGGUGGCACGGGCCGCGGCGUCGUCGAGUACUGGGGAUGCGAGCCGCGCGACGUUGACGUCAUGAUGGGAACCUUCACUAAGAGCUUCGGCGCCGCAGGCGGAUACAUCGCUGGAUCGAAGAGGCUGGUCGAUCACCUGCGUGCAAAAUCCCACAGCGUUGUCUAUGCCACUAGCAUCUCCCCACCGGUCGCCCAACAGAUCAUCACGACAACAAAGGUCAUCAUGGGAGAUCUGUGUCCGGACGAAGGACAGAGAAGGAUAUUCCAACUUGCACGCAAUGCCAAAUAUUUUAGGAAUCGGCUAAAGGAAAUGGGCUUCAUUGUGUAUGGCAAUGAUGACUCCCCUGUAGUGCCAAUGCUCAUCUACAUGCCUGCAAAGAUUGCAGCAUUUGGCCGGAUGAUGUUUGAGCGAAAUAUCGGCACCGUCCAAGUUGGUUUUCCGGCAACUCCCAUCAUCGAGUCGAGAGCACGCUUCUGUCUCUCCGCAGCGCACACCAAGGAGAUGCUAGACUAUGCUUUGAAGCACAUAUCAGAAGUUGGAGACAUACUGUUGCUGAAGUAUUCAAGAAGACCGCGGCCCACCACGAAGGCAGUGUGGUGAUCUGAUCACAGCAGGCACACAUACGUACGCGUUCUGCCAAGAUGCAGAUUGUCGUGUGAAGAUAGUAGUAUCAUCUUCAGCCUCAUACAGUAUAAAUUUGUGCUGUAUAGAUCCACAGCAAAUCUGUUGUUCAAUAAUUGCAUUGAUAUAGUUAAUUGUUAAUUCAUAUACUGAUAGAAACUCGCAAACUGGGUACUAAAUCUACUAGUAACGUUCGCUUAGACCUUGCUGGUCACGUAUACAUUUCACUAGGCAGUGGUUACUAGCAGUGUUAUUCGUGUAGAUGUAGAAUGGCAGUGAGAGCUAGCAAUUGCUUCAGAUCAGAUGUAUUCCUGGCAAAGCCGUGUGUGUGUGUGUCUGUGCGUGUGUGUUCGUGCGUGCAUUCGUGUGCGCGUGCGUGUGUGGCACCGUGAAUGCAUGGGUGCGUGCUUGUGUUGCGUUGUCUCAUUCCUGCAUGGUCAUACUUAAUGCCAUGGAUAAGUCAUUUCAACGGAAGCUACCCUUGCACAAUAUUAACCAAUGAAGAUUGCAUGCAUCAUGUCUAUAGUAUACCACCGAUACCCAUAGCAUGUGAAUACUUAUUUUUUACCGUUUUUAAGGGCACUUGUAACCUGUCGAAAUGUCUGGGGUUCAUAUUCGUGAUUUUCGUCACUGUAGGGACCACGACAGACACUCAAUGUUAAUGUUAGCAUGAGUGGAGUCAGGGAUGUAUCCCUGGGGGCGAGACCAAUAAAAAUCUGCUCGGUGGACCAGAAUGCAGGGGGCGAAUUCCGAGACUCGUGCGUAAACAUAUGUAAACGUCGGACGGAGACACACUGCAUGUACGUCUCUCAACCUCUAGCGUUGUCCGCAUUUUACAGAAAAGUAGACGGACGCUGUUCCCGAUGCCGGCUUUGUUUGUGAACUGCUUGCCUUACCUCCAGCUUUUUUUUGCUUGUUUUGUUUUUCAGUAUAAUUCAUCUUUGUUAUAUAAUAGUGAUCCUAAACUGGCUUUGAAUUUAACUUGAAUUAAAUUGAAUGUGAAAGUUAACAAGUGGGCUUUGAAAGUGUUUGCUAUGUCACUAUAAAAUGGCAACAGUUACUGUGCGGGGUCAACGUGUUACAUGUAGUCAUAACUAAAUCAUGAAUUCAUAUUUAUCUUGUGUUAAAUCCAAGAAAUUAACACACUAUAGAAAUUUUCGAUCUCCCUUCGGGAAAUCUUCAUCAGGAUGUGACGUCAUCAUAGGUGGCAGCCAUAUGUGUAUGAUAGUAAGUUAAUUUCUUGGAUUUAACACAAGAUAAAUAUGAAUUCAUAGUUUUCAACAAAAUCCAAUUAACUUAUUUCAUUCGUUACUAAAUCAAUUCCACCAGUUUUAAUGUUUUGAAAGUUCACAUGUGUACCUGUGUUACGUGUGCGUUUGAUUUGCGACUGAUGACUUUAUCCACUGCUGAUAAUCAGUUGCGGUAUUGUGACUACAUGUGUCCUGGCCGCCAUGUUUCUUUGUAUUGUCCACACAUCCACACGUAUGCACGAAAAUGCCCGAUUCACGGAAUAUAUUGAAUGAUGUUUGUAAAUUCGUUGUGUGCUACGCUUUGUGUCAAUUUAAGUAUGUGGAAAAGAUA